AUUGUUUAAUAAUAUGAGGACUUUGCCAUUUUAUAAACUCACUGUUUGGAAAUAUUUAACACAGUUCUGUGUUGAAUCACUCGUCAUUGAGCCCUGGAGAAUUAAAUAAUUAAACAUUGUCCAUUGUUUAAUAAUGCCAAGACCCUCACGUGAAUCAUAUGGCGAACAGAAGCCUCCAUAUUCAUAUAUUUCACUGACUGCAAUGGCCAUUUGGAGCUCACCGGAGAAAAUGUUACCUCUCAGCGAUAUAUAUAAGUUUAUCACCGACCGCUUUCCGUACUAUCGGAAAAACACUCAGCGGUGGCAGAACUCUUUGCGGCACAAUUUGAGUUUUAACGAUUGCUUUAUAAAAGUUCCGCGACGGCCAGAUAGGCCAGGAAAAGGAGCCUACUGGGCGUUACAUCCGCAAGCGUUUGAUAUGUUUGAAAACGGCAGUCUACUAAGACGAAGAAAGCGAUUUAAAUUGCAUAAAAAUGAUAAGGACAUCCUGAAUGAAGAACUGACCGCACUUGCGAACCUAAAUCGAUUUUUCUUCACCACUCGCAAUGGAAAUAGUGUAUCGCAUAUGACUUCGCUGGACAUCAACAGUGCAUCAAUGGGUCUUGACUCGUCCCUUCAUAUGCCCAGAGUAACAAAUCAACUAUCAACGCCCUUAGCACAAGGUAGAAUUUUACCAGAUGUUAUCCAAACUCCCACGUAUAAUGCAAAUCAUACAAAUCUAUCAGACAUGGCAUUGUCCAAUUUGCCCUUAAUAACUAGUCCAGAUAUUGAAGGUCCGAUAAGUUUACGGCCGAAGCGUUCCUUUACGAUAGAGAGUCUAAUUACGCCCGACAAGCCGGAACACCAUUCGGAGGAGGAGGACGAGGAUGAUGAUCGAACUGACAUAGAUGUAGUGGAGUGCAGUGGAAUUCUUCGAUAUCCGCCAACAUCUUCGUCCGACGAGUACAUGACCAUGAGUCGAUUAAACCACAGUGAAGAUCAGCGCGAACGGCCGCUGCCGCCGCUACACACUAUUAAUGCAGGGAACGUUCCGUUUCUUCAUUAUGCCUCAGGAGCCAAUGUAUCAGGACUGAGCUCGGGAAACCUCCAAUCCUCGGGAAUCCCCAGCACCACAUAUGAACUUGCUAUUUCCCAUCCACUUUUCAUGAUGGCGGCACCCCUUGCCAAUAUGCACAAUAUCUAUUACAAUAACGUGGCUCUGGUGGCACCGUCACAGCAAUAUCUGACACCGGAAGCCCAAAACAGAAUAGACAAUGAUUUGCGUACUAUAUAAAUAAAUCAAACUAGAAUAUUGCUGUACAGAGUUAUUUAUGAAGAUAUGUAAAUUCAUCCAAACUUAGUUCCUUCUUUAUUAAGGUUAAUUGAUAAAUAGGACCAAAACAUGGCAUAAUUGUAGUUAGUAUGUACGUUAGUAAUGUUAGUAAUACCUAUUACACACUUUUUAUCACAUACCGUAUCCAUAAACUAUUUAUUUUAUUUGUAUUAGAUUCUAUACAGACAUGUGUAAGGUCGAAAACUAUCUGAAGAAUAUAAAUGUUAA